CCACACUACUCGCCGCUCGUUGUCCGCCGCUCGUCUUCCUGCUUGAAGAGCGAAGAACAUAGACAUGAAGGCGCUGCUGUGCUUGAUCUUUGUGGGCCUGCUGGUCGCCACCGCCAGUAGCAGUGACGAACUCUGCGACCUGGCUGACAACAUGAAAGUACAGGCGGUGCAAUGUAUAACAAGCCACGUUUCGGCCCAGAUGAAAAGCAAAUGGGAGGCCCUGAAGCAGACGUUUGGCAGCCAGGAUGACCUGCUCGCAACGAACAAGCUGUGCGAACUUCGCAAAGGGGCCGCGGAAUCGGGUGCAAAGACGGCCAUUUUCACGAAAGACGAGGAGGACGAAAUCAAGUCUGCUUUCGAGGCUUGCAAAGCACAGGCUCAGCCCAAGACCAACUAAAGUGGUCAUUGUGGGUCAACAAACCCCCUUCGCCGAGGGUCAGCGACACCUGAACGUGACCGUCGUGGCUCGGGACCGUUCAGCCUGUCGGCUGGCUCGUCAUCCUUCAUAAAAGCAAUAAAAUGUUUACAUGAGCGUU